GGAUUACUCCUCCUUCUCACUUCACCACAGAAGAGAUAAUAAAAGGCAGAACCAAACAGAGAUCAACUUAGAAUGUCAUCACAGCAGAUAAACUGGGCACUGAUCAACAAGCUAUCAUGGAAAAGGAUUACAUGCGUAUAGUCUGCCUGGUCAUAUACUGUCUGAUAUUCAUUGUUGGGAUUCUGGGCAAUGGUCUAGUCAUCUACGUGACAGGCUUCCGCAUGAAGAGAACUGUCAACUCUGUUUGGUUUCUCAACUUGGCACUGGCUGACUUCCUCUUUUUGACCUUCCUGAUUUUCACAAUCAUUUCUUUAUCCAACAAUUACGAAUGGCGUUUUGGAAAUGUCAUGUGCAAGCUCAACACCAUAGUGAUUACUGUUAACAUGUUUGCCAGCAUCUUUCUUCUGAGUACCAUAAGUCUGGAUCGUUGCCUGUCAACCUGGGUGGUGGUGUGGGCACAAAACAAGCGCACCGUCUGCAAGGCUCAGCUCAUAUGUGCUGUCAUCUGGGUGAUUGCUGUGGUCUGCAGCAUCCCUUUUGGAACUUUCCGUCACACUAUAACAUUAUCUCAGGACGUGGCUUACUGUGUUCACUCAAGUUCACUGACAGUACAGGGUAAAUACAUUCUGACCACUUUUCGCUUUGUUGUGGGCUUUCUCAUCCCAUUCCUGGUAAUAUUCGUCUGUUAUGUGGCCAUUGGUGUUCGUGCAAAGCGUCUGCAGAGGACCAGGAAACAGAGACCUCGCAGAGUCAUUUUCUCUGUCAUUUUUGCAUUCUUCAUCUGCUGGUUGCCCUUCCAUGUUUUUCAAUUUCUAGAAUUACAGUUCAUGAAUAACCCAGAUCUCCAGCAAGCUGUUCAGUCUGGGAUUCUUUUGACUGGGUCUUUGGCUUUUAUGAACAGCUGCCUGAAUCCCAUUCUCUAUGUUUUCAUGUGCGAGGAAUUCCAGAGGAAGCUCAAGCAGUCCAUAUGCUUUGUCCUAGAGAGUGCCCUGGCAGAGGACCACUUGUCAUUUAUGUCCUCUCGCUCCUUGUCGUCACACUUGUCCCGGAUUUCUCGGAAGUCUGAUUCUGCUGCACCUUUGGAGAGGAAAGACACAGGCAUUUCCUUCACAGAAUGUAAAGUGGUCAUCGCCGCGGAGAGAGACACUGGAAGCACUGAAUAAGGCCGCCACACCCACUUCCUACCUACUUCCACAGAAUGUAAAACUGUACUGAAACUUAGACCAUCCCUUACUGAUGUAAAUAUAAUGAAUCCACAUUUUGAAGAAGGAAACAUAGAGUAUUAACUGAAAAUGACGCUAUGUGAUACUAUGAUUAAUUUGAUAAAAAGCUGUUUUAUGUUUAUACUUUUUUUAUGCUUAGAUUAUUUACCCAUGAUUAUUGGCAGGCUAAUUGUCCUUAUGAGCAUCUAUAAUAAUGUCUGCUGAACUUUAACUAUUGAGCUUUACACAUUUCAAUGCAAUGAAUAAAAAUGUGUUUUUGAUGA